AUGAUGGACGCCUUCAACCAGCUUCAGAACAAGGCGACCGUGCAGGAGAUCGGCAGUGUGCCGCUCGCGCAGGCACCCCAGUGGAAGGCCGUGAAGCUGCGGACUCGGUCGAAGGAGGGCGCCGCCACCGGCCAGGACCUCCUGAGCAUCAUCUCCCCGUUUGCCGUGUCCCACGACAGCGAGAGGAACGAGAGAGCAAGUUCCAAAGAUUCGGCAUGGACUCGCAGUGGAACUCGGCUAAAGACUGCGCCGUUGUUCAGUUCGCAAGAGGCGAGAAGCGCCGGCCGCACCAACACGGCCCCGACGCCCCACCUCGUCCAGGACUUCACGGACGGCGCCACUCCCGCGCCUUUUGGCUCGCCCAAGGGGGUGGCCGGGGUUUACGUCAUCCCGGAGAGCGCCCAGGAGCCGUCCGAGCUGCGGGCGACGGCGACGGGCCUGCCCGAGAAGGACGACGCCAGGGGCGCUCCCAGCGGCAGCGUCGACGGCUCCAGGUCCGCCGCCCUGCGGAUGCCCAUCGUCGGCCGCAGGAAGCUGGUGCCGGACGCCUCGCAGGACACCAGCCAAGAGCCCGAGGCGGACGCGCACGGCGUGAGCAAGAUGGUGAGCAACAGGAGCAACCUCAGCAGCCGUGGCUCGCCCGCCAAGGGCCGCAGCGGCGCGGAGCGCGCGCAGGAAUCCGAGACCGACACCGCCAGUUACCCCCUGGGGUUCUGGGAUGACAUGCAACAGAGCCAGAGCCCGCGCUGGCGUGGUGCGCCGAGCACGGGGACCGACAUGUCCAAGGUGAACCAGGUGCUGCAGCUCCGAGCCGAGGACGUGGCACGGGCGGCGAGCCUCGGCACGGGCGGCACGCUCCUGGACGACGAGGUGGACCUGCCUCCGUUCAUGCUUCCGCCGCAGAGCCGGGUGCACCUCGUCCUGGCCACCCUCAUGGCCGUUGCGAUCGUCUACACCGGGCUCCUGAGCCCGAUGGCGCUCGCCUAUUUCAAGAGGGAUGGCCUGUCUGCAAGCUGGGCCGCUCCGAUGUAUGUCGCGGACGGCCUGUGGCUGGUCUACAUCCUGGUCGCGUUCCGCACCGCGUUCUAUGAUCCGAGGGGCGUCAUGGUCGUGGGCGCCCGGGAGAUCGCCUCGAACUACGCGCGCAGGUGGCUGCUGCUGGACCUGCUGUGCGCGUGGCCGGCCUUCCUCGCCGCCCCCGCGGGCACGGCGGCCUACAGCACGUGCAUGGUCCUGAAGCUGCUGCGCACGCCGAGGCUGGCACCGCUCAUAUCUCUCCUCCAGAAGGAGUACCGAGUCCAUGCCCUGCUGCCCCUGAAGUGGGGCCUCGUCGUCCUGCUGCUGUCGCACAGCCUCGCCUGCUUCUGGCGACUGCUGCAGUGCGACGUCGAGUCGCACAUCUCGCCGAACAUCCCAGACCUGUACUGCGAGGGCAACGAGUGGUGGCACAGGUACGUGAGCGACAUGUACUGGAUGGCCAUGACGCUGAGUACCGUGGGCUACGGCGACAUUCCCGCGUUCAACACCUGGGCGAGGGUGUUCAACAUCUUCGUGAUGUUGCUCUCCCCGGUCUUCUUCGGCAGCGUGGUGGCGGCACUCUCCAACGUGAUGGACAGGAUCUUCGACGAGAAGGUGGAGAGCUGCGUGUCUAACAUGUCGCGCUUCAUGCGGCGCCACAGCGUGCCGCAGGGUCUGCAGCUGCGGGUGGAGCGCAGCCUGCGGCAGGUCCUCAACAACGAGGUCAACAUCACGCCGCUGGACCCCGAGCUGUUCGCGCGCCUCUCUCCUGCGCUCCAGCGCACGUUCUCCUUCGCAAUCCUGAGCGGCACGAUCGGCCGCUUCCCGCUGUUCAGAGGGGCAAUACACUCCUUCGUGGCGGAGCUGGCCCAGGCGCACAUGCUCGUGCACUGCUCCGCUGGCGACCUGGUGGGUGAGACCGGGCAGCUUGUCGAGGAUCUCGUCUUUGUCGUCAACGGCGAGUUGGUGGCCCGUUUCAGCGCCGACUGGCCAGACACAUUGGACGUCCCCAGCGAGGACUUGGUCCAGGCCAGGUCUGACGAACCGGCGCCUCGACGCCCCUCCAACGACCGCCGCACCAGCGUCGACCUCACGCAGGGCAUCGGCGGCCAGAGGAUCUUGCGCAAGGGCGCCUGGUUCGGCGAAGCAAGCGUCUUGGGCAAGCGACACGUCCGCACCGCGAGCAUCAUCGCACAGGGCCCCACGGAGCUGGCGGUGCUGAACAGGGAGGAGUACUCCCGGGUGAUGAACAAGUACCCCUCGAUGGCGCAGAGGCACGAGCGCCUCGUGCAGGAGAUGAGCAACUCCACCAUCUGCCUCGCGGACAUCUCGUGGAGCGAGGCGCCCUCGGCCGGCACCCGGGCGCGGCGCAGGAGCAUGGAGUGGCUCAACUAG